UUUAACUGAUAAAUGAUGUUUGUUUUGUUUUCAGUAAUCCCGGCCGGCGCCCUACAAACGGACGGCGGGCUGCACACACUGGCCGUCUCAGGCACGGGCAGCGGCGGCGCUAUCGUGCAGUACGCGACCAACCAAGACGCUCAGUUUUACGUUCCGGGUCCCAUUCUAGAAGACCAAACGCGAAAACGAGAACUGAGGUUGUUGAAGAAUCGAGAAGCGGCGCGCGAAUGUCGUCGUAAGAAAAAAGAAUACAUCAAAUGCCUGGAGAACAGGGUGGCAGUUCUUGAAAAUCAAAAUAAGGCUCUUAUAGAGGAACUUAAAUCUCUGAAGGAACUAUAUUGUGAGCAGAAGACGGAAUGAGGCCCAGCCGGCUAGCGGAGUGACUGGUCCGUUGGAACGCUGCGGCGCGCGCCGUCCCUGUGCUCAUAAGAUGCUUGGAGUUUGAUUGGUCAUGACCAUCAUUCAUGUUUGGGGGUAUUUGAUAUUUCGCAAAUAAAACUACUUGAUCAAUUGGGUUUAGUAAGUAUUGUUAGUUUAUUAUAAUAAUGUUGAAUUGUUUAUGGUAUGUUUUAUAAUAUUUAUGUUACUGUUUUAACGAUAUCAGUUUGGUUUUGUUUUACAGGAUGAAAUUAUCGUAGUUCAUGUUUUUUAUUGAAUUGUUAAUGUAAACCCUGGUCUUAAUGUAUAGUAAAUUAUAUUGUUGGUAUGGGUUUCUCUACCAUUCCAAAGUGUUAACCUUUUCUAAUAAUUUUAUGCAAUCAUUUUACUAUCCAAGUUUUACUUUGUGCCAUUCGCUGGUUUAAUAAUUCACGGAAUGUAAUUAGUUCAUUACAUAUUUUUAUUGUUCAGUAGAUUACUUUGUUUUAAAGAGCAUUUUGCAACUAACCCGGGUAAUCAUACAAUCUGUGUCACCACGUCGUCGUUUCUGUGAUGAACGAUAUUGAUGUCCUAUAUUACUACUAUUAACAUUAUUGUUAAUUAUUGUUUACACCAAUACUGGGGUGUUUGUAAUGGAUAAGCCAAAGUUAAUAUUUAGUUUUAUUGUGCAAUAGAGAUUGCAAUGUACAGAAAAGUCUACAGUUGUCUACGUCUCUGGAUUAAAGUAUAUAUUAAAUGCAAAUAAAAUAAAAUAUGUACAUUGUGUAUAGUUAAUUAAUAUUGUAAAGGAUGUUAGUAUAAUGAAAUGAUCCAUUGUAUAUAUUGAUGAUAUGUUACGGAUGUGGAGGAAUGGUCGAUUUUGCAUAUCACCAUUUUAAAUCGUUUAAUGUAUCGUCGUGAUAUAAAGUUUGAAGAUCUUAUUUGGUGGAUUAAAAAGCACCAUUCU